UAAACACUCAUUUAUUCGUUGAUGAUUUGAGCUUGUGUCUGCAGCCACCCAGAGAGUACAUGGAGGAGAUACUCGGAUUGGUGGCCUUACUCGAGGGUAUGGUCUUGCGGAGAGAGGCACAGUUGUCCAUCAUGGGUGUCUCGAUGCCUCCGAUAUAUACCGGACCACAGGCCGGGCCAUCUGGGCCUUCCCGAGGAGCUGGGCCAUCUAGGCCUUCUCGAGGAGCCGGGAGAGGGGAGUCGUCUCGCGGACGAGGCGGGCGCAGAGCACAUAUCAUUGAGGAGGAGUCCAGUGAGGAGGAGGAGUUCGCGCAUCGUCAGUCAGAGACAUCUGCUGGCAGAGAGGAUGACUCUGAGUCUGGCUCUGAGGACGGAGGUGAUGCCGAGGAAGAUUUCAAGGACGGUGGCUCCGAUUCGGAUAGUGGUGCUGAUGGAGAUGGCAUAGAGGCUGUUCCGCAGAAGAGGACGAAGAGGGCCUCUUUUUCUUACGCUUAAGAGCACAGAUGUUCCUGCUUUAUUUGCAUUUUUUACUAGUAGUUGUAGUACAUUGUACAUUAUUAGGCAGUUUUAUU